AUGCAACAGUUAGGAAUUUCCGAGAUCGCCAUGGAGAAAUUCAAAGUGUUCCAGGAUUCCAUCCACGGCCCCAUGCACCUCCACCCCGUGAGCGUCCGCCUCAUCGACACGCCGGAGUUCCAGCGGUUGCGGAACCUGAAGCAGCUCGGCUUCUGCUACUGGGUCUUCCCGGCGGCGUGUCAUCACAGGUUCGAGCACAGCCUGGGGUGA